AUGCCUUUAACACCGGACCAAGUUAAACAAGUUGAGCUCAAUCGUCUUCGAGCUAAAGCCAGACAAAGAGACCGAGAACAAGAGACCUCCUCUUCGACAAAUGGCAAUGGCAAACGGCCUAUGGGUACCACUUCCGCCUCUGGACAAAAUCAGAACGCUCCUCGGCUGCAACGCGAUUCACGAUUAGGAACAUAUUUUGAAUAUGAUCUUUCGAAGAUGGUCAAUUCCAAGGGUGGAUUCCUGUUGGCAGAUGACAAAGAAGUCGACGAAGCUACGCGGAGAAAGGAGAUGGAAAGGGAGAGACAACGGACAAUGCAGAAUAUGGAGCCACCUAUCCAUCUAGAUCUCGACAAGAACCCAAGAUGUCAAGAAUGCCAGAGUAUCGAUAUUGACCAUACGUAUAAAAACGUCUUUGGGUGCUUAGUAUGCAAGAGAUGCACGAAAGAGAAGCCAGAGAGGUAUAGUUUGCUGACAAAGACAGAGUGCAAGGAAGACUAUCUGUUGACUGAUCCUGAACUUCGUGACCAAGAAGCUAUGCCCCAUCUCCUCAAAGCCAACCCACAUAAAUCCACCUUCGCUAAUAUGAUGCUUUUUCUUCGAUAUCAAGUUGAAGAGUUCGCUUGGAAGAAAUGGGGAUCUGCAGAAGCCUUGGAUGUUGAAUACGAACGACGUAUGGCAGAGAAGAAGAGGACAAAGAACAAGAAAUUUGAACAGGGGUUGAAGGAAUUACGGAAACGGACUAGAGAAGGCGUUUGGCAGAAACGGAAAGAUGCAGAGCAUAAGCAUGUGUUUGGGCCAGACGGUGACGGGGAUCAAGCAGAACACGCACAAAUAUCUACAGCCCUUGAAGUCGAGAAACUUGAAGUAAAUCUCUUUCGUUCAAAGUCUUUAUGGGUUCCAGUUCGUGCUCGAGGCGUUUUUGGCGGACAAGUUAUCAGCCAGGCUCUUGUCUCUGCUACUAAUUGCGUGGAUCCUGCAUUUGGGCUUCAUUGUUACUUCCUCACCAGCGCCUCUCCCGCUACACCCAUCGUUUACUUCGUCGAGCGUUUACGCCAAGGCCGAUCCUACGUUGCUUGCUCUGUUAAAGCCAUCCAAAAAGGUGCUCUCAUCUUCAUCAUGACCUGUUCAUUCCAAAAACCCGAACCGUGGCAACCACAGAAACAGUGGGUCAUACCGGACGUACUUCCUCCCGAGCAAUGUGAACUCGAAGAAGAUAUCUACGAUCGGUAUCGUCGAGAGGGGUACCAAGGAAAGCCACUGUCAGAGAAGUUAGAUGCAUAUUUCGGCGAUUGGGCUAGCGAGAGGAGGAAGAGCCCGAUUGCGAUCAAGAUUGCCAAGGUGCAUGAUACCUCUGUGGAUGGGAUAGUGAGAUAUAUGUAUUGGAUGAAGGCGAAGAAUAUCCCAGAAUAUGAAGCGCCUUUCCAGAAGUGCAUUCUGAGUUACCUUUCCGAUCUCAAAUUCAUUGGUUCAGCAUUCGGUAUCAUUGGAUUAGAUCGAUUCACGAGUCGCGGGUCAAAUUCAUUAGGCAUUGACUCGUUUGACUGCGGCGAUUGGUUAUUAUACGUCAUGGAAUCACCACGCGCUGGAUCUGGGAGAGCUAUCAUGCACGGACAGCUCUACACCCGCAGCGGAACCCUUGUCGCUGUCACAUCUCAAGAAGGUGUAGUCCGUGCUAAUAUUCGGGGACCCAGUACAGAUGACAGUAAGCCGGCAGCAAAGUUAUAG